AUGGAUCUGGGCAGAAAGGUGGCCUACUUUGAGAUGGAGCCAGAGCACAGCGUGGACAUAGAUGUGGAGAUUGACUGGCCAGUGGCCGAGGAGAGAGUUCUCAGGUUUGGUUACUUUGGUCGGGGAGUGUCUAUAAUGUUCUGCAGAGUUUCCAGAUGUUUGACCGAUGAAAAGGUGUUUCUGUCCCCGUCUGGACAGGACAUGGUGUCUUUUCACACUAGAGACACUACAGGUCUCAGCAUGCUGCAGAACAAUGGCGUUGAGGUGGUGCUGCUGACCUCCAGUGAGGACCUGGUGACCCAGUCAAUGGCUGACAAACUGAAGAAAAUGAUUGGCUGUGAGGUCAUGGAUGUGGGGGAGGAGCCACUGAAGGAUGUGCAGUCAGUGGUGGAGAAGAAGAGGCUCGACUGGAAGGAUGUGGCCUACAUGGGUAAUGACUCAGCAGAUGCCACCUGUCUGAACUUGGCGGGUCUGAGCGCAGUACCUGCAGACGCUCCGAAGGACGCAGCUGAUUCUGCCAAGUACACCUGCCGCCAAGCGGGAGGGAUGGGAGCUGUGAGGGAGUUUGCUGAACAUGUACUCCUGCAGAAAGAAAAGGCCAAAACCCAGAUGAAGCAGGACAGGAUCGACCGUAAUAACUUCUAAAGCGUGGAAGGAGAUAUUUAGAAACAUGAUGUCAGACAAUACUGGAAAAACUGCAAUAUAGCAGAGGAGUGUAAAAGAAAGUUGUCUGCUGUAAAAAUGAUAAAUCUCCAUGGUUGUUCUCCACGUUGACUAUAUGGGCAUUUGGCAGGAUGGCAUCAGAAAGGAUGGAGCCCAAGCACAAGAUAAAAUAUACUUAUACCUCAGUCCUGCCUUAAUUCAGGUUUCUAUGGAUUCUUUAGACAUACACUUGGUUUAUGGGGUCUGCAUUCCUGCCUUCUGCUGAGAAUAGGGAGACUAUUUUGAGUGCUUUGUGUUGAGCUGGAUCUGAUUGGGAGCAACAGAGGAAAAGGUUCUCAGGGUUCAAUUAAUGCAAGAAACAGCCACUGGCAAGCAAACACUAUAUUUACCAGACUCUUUAAUAGAUUUAUCUGGCCAUAAAACCAAUUAUCCUUCCAAUAACUGUUAGUUAAAGACGAUUAAAUAUCUUUCAACAUCAGGAAUUUAAGUAAAAAAUGUAGAACUUAUAUUAAAAAUCUAACUUCUAAGGGAAAUUGAGUUUCAUUAAAAGAGACAACAUUGGGACAUUUAAAUAUCUUUUUACAUAGUUUCCCUGAUAUAUGUUGUGAAAAGGGUUUCAUUAGAGGUGUGUGUGGACCAAUGCAAAACAUUCAUUAAAUUUAAUUUAUUGAUUCACAAGGUUUGGUAAAGGAACAGAUUUAAAUUGAAGGUGUUUCUAUUUCUCUAGUUUUGUGUUUAUUUUCCAUUUGCUUUAAAUGUUUUGUAUCAGAAGGACUAAUUGACAGGUUCCAGUCAUUGAACUAUUCAGAUCUUUCAUUUCAUUAUGUCCGAUACUAAAUGUCCACUUAAAGUCUUGGUCAUCCUUUUUAGUAUUGAUGACAUUAUUGCCAGAGUGGUUUUACUUUUAGAGUGUAUUUUGUUGCAUGUGAACUCAUGGGUCAAAUGACAAAA